AGGUUAAAUGAAAAAUGAAAAAAAAAAAGUUAAAAUCAGUGCUCAGUUCCUGGAAGGGUAUCAUUUCUGACGUCAAAAGUGUAGCGGAUAGGAUCGAAAAUGGCGGAGUACCUGGCGUCCAUUUUCGGUACAGAGAAAGAUAAGGUGAACUGUUCUUUCUACUUUAAAAUUGGUGCCUGCCGACAUGGUGACCGGUGCUCCAGAUUACAUAAUAAGCCAACUUUCAGCCAGACCAUUGCCCUCUUGAACAUUUACCGUAACCCUCAAAACACUGCCCAGUCUGCCGAUGGUUUGCGCUGUGCCGUCAGUGAUGUGGAGAUGCAGGAGCACUACGAUGAGUUCUUUGAGGAGGUCUUCACAGAGAUGGAGGAGAAGUACGGAGAGGUGGAGGAGAUGAAUGUGUGCGACAACCUGGGAGACCAUCUGGUUGGAAACGUAUACCUGAAGAACGUAAUUUCGCACACACACACACCAACUCUGUGAUGGUCUCUGUGUGUAGUUCCGUCGUGAGGAAGACGCGGAGAAGGCCGUGAUGGAUCUGAAUAACCGUUGGUUCAACG